ACCUUUCUUUGCCAAAGCGCCACAACACUCUCAACACAAUAAUCAUCUCUUAUAGCACGAUACAAGAAAUCAGCCAAUCGUUACUUUUAAUUAGCUAGUUUAGUGAGAUCAGAAUGCAGAAACGCAACAACAACAUUCAACAUGAUGAAGCGCCUGAGGAUGGCCCAGAAUAUAGAAGUGUGGCUAUCCAGGCACUGUCCUCUCCUAUCAUGCCCAGGCCAUUGGCACCUUUGCGAAAACGUAGUAGCUCGCCAAUGAAGACAUCGAUUCAUGCGUGUCACGAUACUGCAGAAGAAUUGGAUGGACCAGAUCCAUUGUCUUUUCGAUGGAGAGUUCAGGAACUCCCGGAACUUAGUCCUGAUUACACGUUGCUCCGAACGAAUGUAUAUGUCAAGGAUUCAAGCGCCCAAGUAGUUGCUAACAGAAUUUGCGAUGUACUCAGAGCUUCAUCGAUCAGUAUAKAUGAUUUGAUAAUAUCAGAACAAGGGGUAUGUCGCAUUUUGCUUCUUGUGUUAUGAUGCCACGAAAAAUGACGAAAAACUGUUUUCGAUUCGCUCACCGCUAUGCCUCCUUUUCUUCCCAUUCUUCGAAACAAAGAAUUAUCUUGAAGUGGAAACGCGACAGGGUACGAGGCUCUCCAUUCGCCUCUUCGGUGAUAAUGACAUGGUUGUGGUCGAGGUUCGACGACUAAUGGGGUGUACUUUUGAUUUUCGCGACGCAUCUAGAACAAUUCUGCGAGCUUCGAAAGGGGUACAGCAAGGAGAGCGAUCGUUUCCACCUAGACGAUUCAGCAUACCACCUACUAUCCCCAAGCGAUCUAGAGAAUCUCAUCACAAAUGUAUUAAUGAUGAUUUCCAAAGUGCUUACACCAUGCUUCAAUCCGAGAAAUGUGAUAUACAAAUUCUAGCUAUCGAAAGCAUGGAAAAGAUGAUGAAGUCUUGCGGAGCACAGGACGUAGUUGCGAAAUUGAUUCUUUGGAAUUGUGAUUGCCUGAAGCAGCUCGUCUCCUUGCUUGAAUCGUGCGAUGGCGAAGAUCAGAGUGGUUUGGAAACAGGUCACUCUUCCAUUCUUCGUCGAAAGAUAUUGGGAGUAGUAGCAUCUUCUUUUGAAGCUAUCAGUGAGAGCGACUUGACAGAAGUUCUUUCAAUGGAAGGCAAUGRUCUAAUAGCAAGACCCUUUCUUUCUUCUCUGCUUUCUUGUGUUCAAGAGGCAAUAUCAAAACCACACGAUGCCUUCGAGGCAGUCCGUUGUUUGAGGUAUCUUCUCACCUCAAAAGAUGUUGAAGCAGCGAUGAUGGAGAUGAGUGCAAUGGAUUUAAUUUCAUCCGCCCGUAGCGCUGGCAUCAACUGUCACCAAGGACUCGAACUAGAAAGCAACAAACUCAUGGCACAACUUCAGAAUGUGUAUUAAGAGGGGACUGAAAAUCGAUGACUCAACCUCCUAUCAAUUUUUGAAAUCUCCACACCAAUUUUGCAAGUGCAUCAUGUUGUAUGCGAAGAAGAAAAUUAAGAUCUUCAAUUUUGGACGCAAAUUACACAUCUUUAAUAGAACAGCCAAUACCCG